AUGAAGGGCGCUGCUGGAAAGUCGUCGAAGAGGGCUGGCCCCUCGACUGCUACCAAACUCGACAAGGGAAAUGGAUAUCUAUCACAUACCGGCGACAGCGACAGUGAUGCGAGCAAGUUCGCCUUGGCUGACCUGCCCGGAAGAGGCAAGGGGCUGGUUGCUGUCCGCGAUAUCGAGCGCGGCGAACUCCUCAUACGAGAGAAGCCCUUAUUUCGGGUACCUUUCUCGACUAGCAACCCCAAAGGCGUCAUCGCAGAAGGUUUACGCGCCGCCUCUCCUGAAGGCAGAGCAGCCUUCUUCGACCUCUCCUACGUCGGCCUACCGGACGACUUUGACCCCGCGUCCGACCCCGAUGCGCACGCCCUCGCGAUCUUCCAGACGAACGCCGUCGCCGCGGGCGAUAUGGUGGGCAUCUUCCCCCGCAUGGCGCGCCUGAACCAUGGGUGCGUGCGCGCGUUCAAUUCGGUGUACUCCUGGAGGGAGAAGGAGGGCGCGCUGGUGGUGCACGCGCUGAAGCCGAUAGCGAAGGGAGAGAGGUCACAGGAGCUGCUCACGACGUACUUUGAUACCAAGCGUGCCCGAGAUGACCGCAGGGCGCAUCUGAAGGAGCGAUAUGGCUUUGAAUGCAACUGCUCUGUGUGUGCAUUGCCGGAGGCGAAGUCGAGCGCCUUGGAUCGCCAGUUGGCAGAUAUGGUGAACGAGUACGCACGGCUAGCAAGUUGGGCCGAGGGCAAGAUCACCGGGCUCGAGGCCAUACGGACUGUCCGACUGCUGUGGCGGUUGGGUACGUCCACGGGCUACCACAGCGAGCGCGGCCGACUGGCAGCGGACGCGGCGUGGGUGGCGGCUGCGCACCAAGAUGCGAGUGCGACGCGGGCGUGGGCAGCCUUGGCGAAGGAGUUGUACGCUUACGAGCUGGGGGUGGAUAGCCCAGAGGUGGAGGAAGCGGGGAGGGUGCUGUCCGACCCUAGCGCGCACCCUGCCUGGGGAACGCGGCAGCGGCUUGCUGUGGGUGACACGCGGGGCCUGCGGUGA